UGUUUGGCAAAUUGCCAUGAACUUCCGGCGUAAGAUAAAGACACACGCGGAUCUAUCGAGAAAAGAACUUGAAUAAAUAUAAAAAUAACAGUAAUAAGAAGACUUAUUUACUAGGUUUACACUUUCUUGUUUAAAUAUAAUGUCCAAUAACGGUGCUCCGGACUCUUGGGAAAGUCAAGCAGAUGUUAUAGGUGAACAAGGUGCAAAGGAUCCCAAUGAUGUGUCUACCAAAUUUUCCACGUUGAACGUGAACGCCGUGGAAUUCGUGCCUUCUUUUUGUAUGUCGUCUCCAACUGAUGAAAAUAAAAGCAGCUCUCCGGCAUCACCACAAAAAUCUGAAAGUGGGUCCACAAAUUCAGCUGGCAGUCCUGUCGUAAACGGCUGUGGUGAUGGCGGUGAGAGCGGCGAUGGCAGACCUGCUUCUGCUUCACCCCGAGUAGAGGAACCUCCUCCUGUUCCGCCAGCCGUUUCAGCCGCCCCUCUGCCCGUGCCGCCCGAUGUCUCUCCCACCGCGGACAGCUGGGAGGCCGAGGCUGAUGAUGCUCUCUUGACUCCUGAAGACGGAAACGAUGCUGAGGAGGAGGAAUUAGAGCAACAGGAGGAUAGUGAAGCAGCGAAAAAAAUCCCCAAGAAAAAACCACCUCGGGUUGAAGACACUAGAAGCAAGAAAGAACAUGUGAAUGUUGUUUUUAUUGGUCAUGUUGAUGCUGGUAAAUCUACGAUUGGUGGUCAAAUUAUGUCACUGACUGGAAUGGUGGACAAGAGAACUUUGGAUAAAUAUGAGCGUGAAGCUCGGGAAAAGUCAAGGGAGUCUUGGUACUUAUCCUGGGCACUUGACACCAACCAAGAAGAACGCGACAAAGGCAAAACUGUAGAAGUUGGGAGAGCAUACUUUGAGACUGAAAAGAAGCAUUUUACAAUUCUUGAUGCCCCUGGGCACAAGAGUUUCGUACCUAACAUGAUUGGUGGUGCGGCGCAGGCUGAUCUUGCUGUCCUUGUUAUAUCCGCCCGGAAAGGAGAAUUUGAAACUGGUUUCGACAGAGGGGGACAGACUCGCGAACAUGCUAUGUUGGCCAAGACCGCCGGCGUCAAACAUCUAGUAGCCCUUGUUAAUAAAAUGGACGACCCUACCGUCAACUGGGAUGAGAAAAGGUACAACGAAUGUAGAGACAAAAUCCUGCCAUAUCUUAAGAAAUUGGGCUUCAACCCAGCGAAAGAUUUAUCAUUCUUACCUGUUUCUGGUCAGACAGGGCAAGGGUUAUUGGAAAGAGUAUCCGAAGACAUUUGUUCGUGGUACAGAGGUCCCUCCUUCAUUCAACUGAUCGAUGAACUGCCUUCGCUAAACCGCAAGAUGGAUGGACCAUUCAUCAUGCCCGUAGUUGACAAGUACAAGGAUAUGGGAACAGUCCUUAUGGGAAAAGUGGAGGCGGGGACUACGCGCAAAGGGAGCACCCUGUUCCUUAUGCCUAAUAGGGUUCAAGUGACUGUUGACCAGCUGUGGUCUGAUGAUAUUGAAGUGACAUCUAUCGGUCCUGGCGAAAACGUGAAGGUGAAACUCAAAGGCAUUGAAGAAGAGGAUGUCUCACCAGGAUUUGUUCUGUGCGACGCGGCAGAACCGAUCACCACUGGCAGGGUGUUUGACGCCCAAGUGGUUAUUUUAGAACACAAGUCCAUUAUAUGUGCGGGAUACUCGGCUGUAAUGCACAUACAUUGUGCGGCGGAGGAAGUUACUGUUAAGGCGCUAAUUUGUUUGGUGGAUAAGAAAACUGGUGAUAAAUCGAAAACGCGACCGAGAUUUGUUAAACAAGACCAAGUAGCCAUCAUGAGGAUAGAGUGUGCAGGCAUCAUCUGCUUAGAACCUUUUAAGAAGUUUGCCCAGAUGGGAAGAUUCACCUUAAGAGAUGAGAAUAAAACCAUCGCGAUUGGCAAAGUUCUCAAGGUGGUCGAGUAAAUUUGGCACUACGAUUCGUAAUUAAUUAGGAUAGGCCUCUCCAAAACCUAUAUCAACAGAGAAUAAUGUUACAUGUAAUCCUGAUAUUGGGAUCUAUAUGAGAGCUCAAGUGUGGUUCAAGUUUGGGUUUAUAGACAAGCUAGUCCUCGCGGAAUAUCGAACCCUUCCGGCCACUGCCACGGAGCUAAAUUGUUAUCCGAUGCUUAUCGUGUCAUCAAUGUGAAUUUUUUGCCUUAAUUAAAAUUUUAACUAUUACAGCCUUACGCUAGCAACGUUGAAUACUGUUUUUUAUUUUCUGUUAAUACUGCAUACUCUUAUAUUAUUUGAAAUUGUACAUCUUAUGUGAAUAUUUAGUUUUAUUUUUAAAUGAAUUUGGUGUAAUCCAUCACAAAAUAUCAUAACGAGUAUAUUAUAAUGUUUCGGCGUAAACGUUUUCUUUGUAAGAAUUGUGAAUAAUUUAUUGAAAAUAUUUUAUUUUAAUUAAAAGAUUUAGAAAUUGACUGAUAUUUAAGUUUAUUCGAAGACAGCAUUUGAGCGUUGCUAACGCUGAGCUAGAACUCUAGCCGCUAAAUAUAAUAAUUUUACAUUCUAAAAUAGGCUUACGCAGAAGAAUAACCGUGAAUGUUUUAGCUGCGGCAAAAGCGUUCUAAGUGCUCUUAUUUCAUGUUGCACCACUCAUAGAAAGGUCUAAUAUAGAUAUUUUUAUACAGUUAUAAAAUAAAUAAUGAUUAUAUAUCGUACGGCCCGCUCCCAGCAACGGAACACAUUGUUCAAACUAGGACCAAAAUAUUUCCCAAUAACUAAUGUGAUCUGACAGCAAGUGCUGAAGAAAUAUCAACGCUUCGACUUGCAGGUUAAAAUGCCGUAUGAACAAACUUUAAGCAUUUAUUGUAUGUGUGUGAAUAUCUGUGUAAAGUGUCCUAGAGCUGCCAUUGCAUCCGUUAAGCCAAAUCUUGUGCAUUUAAACAGUUCUUAUCUAACAAACGCCUUGGCCGAUCAAUCGCUAACAACAAUUUGACACGCGUACAUCAAUAAUUUGCUUUGCGACGGAAAAAGGAGAUAGGCAAGGCAACCUAACUCGUUUUCAUUCGAGACAUAGACAUGUGACACAUCUUUUUAUUCUCACUUCGAGCACAAAGUUAUCUACUAAUAGUUUUGUCUCAGCUUAAUUGUGUCGUGUUUUUGGCUAGACGCAUGCAAAAAUGGCCCUUAUAGUGUUAAGUGAUCAAGAAUUUGUUGCAUAACUCUGUCGAUGACUAAGUGUGCAUGAUUUAAUAAGAGCACAAUGAAACGUGUGACCUCGGUAGACGAUGUGUGGUGGAAGCUCUCAUGUAUUUGCUAUUUGUUUGAACAAUGCCCGACUGUCACUAACUGUGCGAAAUUGCACUAGCUCCAUUUGUACAGACUCCUAUUUAGUAUACUUUAAAAGGAUUCAGUAAACUAUUAAUUCCAAGGCCUAAGAAGUUAACUUCUAAAAAAUAUAAAGCAAUUUAAACAGGAGUCGUAUCAAUGAAGGCUUCGGUGAUAGGAGUGUGUAAAUAACAUUUUAAUAAGGAUAAAACAGAGAAGGCGAGGUGCUCUGUGGUAUAUGUCGGGCACUGGUCAUAAAACUUAACAUUUGUUUACAUAUUAUAUAUUAUAAUGGUUACAGUGUUUCCUAUAUUACAAGAUUAUGUUCUAUAAUUUUAACUGUAUACAAAAUAUGUAGACGUCGCUUUGAUAGCGGCGGUGUAUCGUAGGUCAGAUGUAACGGUAACGAUAUGAUAUUAUUAGUUCGCAGUAUGUUUGUGUUACGUUUCAACGAACAAUACAUGGGCAGGUUAUAGGUUGUGUUGCGACGAGUCUACGCCAACGGGGUAUCAUCACACUGGAAUACCGAAUCUUGUGUAUUUUAUGCGGACGCUUUAAAGUUACAAUGCCACAAAUCUUCGUUACGUGUUGGCUUAAACACAGUACUUACAUGAACGAAGUGGGUUUAACGGACCAUCGGUCGGUCGAAAACCCAUGUUGUUAUAAAAGAUGUAUAAUAUGGAUUUAUAAAUUUUCAUGCUUUUUAAUGUAAUUGGUUUAACUUAAUAUCAGGGCAGUAUAUGAUAUUAUUGCAAUAUAAUAUGUAUAUAUGUAUGGGCGUGCGGGCGCGAGAGCGGACUGCGGACGAGCCCGGCAGAAUGCCUUCUAUUCCUGAACUCAAGUGAUCCUAGAGGGAUUACGUCAUACACGCCUUUAUUGUGAUAAACACAGAGAAUAAAUUACGAAAGUUAACGGGUUGGUGUCUUUUGUAUGUACAUUUUGAUUUUUAAUUAAACUAGUGACAUGUAUCAAA